AUGGUGAUGGACGCGUCUGCGGCGGCGGCGCCCGCGGCGGUGCCGGGCGCGCUGGCGGGGCCGGUGGUGGACGGCGUGAGCGCGCUCGACUGCAGCCCGCAGGGCCUGGCGGCGUUCAGCAGCGGCGCCGCCAUCAGCGUCGUCGACCUCGCCAGCAUGCAGCUCGUCCACACGCUCGUCGCGCCGCCGCCGCCCCUCGACCGCUCGGGGGGCGGCGCGGCGGAGACGGCGGGCGUGGUGGUGCCGGUGACGGCGGCGCGGUUCAAGCCGGGCGGGCUGGACCGCGACCUCGCGCACCUCUCCAGCCUGCAGCUCGCCGCGGGCGACCGCGCGGGGCGCGUGGCGCUCUGGGAGGUCGUGCGCGAGGAGGUCGACCGCUGGCUGCUGCCCGACCGCGCGGGAGGGGCGGCGGGGGGAGGGGGAGGCGCGGGCGGGAGCGGGGGUGGCGGGGCUUUGGGGUCGGUGGACGCGGUGGAGUGGGUGAUGGGGCGGCUGUGGCUGCUGGCUGUGCUGCACGCCAGCUGCGCCGCCGUCGUCUGGGACCUCUCCUCCUCCUCCGCCGCCUCCUCCUCGCCCGCCGCCGCCGCCACGGCGACGCCACGUGUGAUCUGGCGGUACGACGGGUCGGCGUCGCCAACGGGCGAGCUGCUGGUGUCGCUGGCGCUCGACCCCCACGACCCGCGGCGCCUGUGCGUGCACGGCGCGCGCGGCCUCGUGCUCGCACUGCAGGUCGACCUGGGCGCGCAGGGCAAGGGGGGCGCGGGGGGGAGCGGGGGAAGCGGGGGCAACGGGGGGGGAGCGGGCAAGGAGCGGGGCGUGAGCAUCAAAACCACCACGCUGCAGCUGCCCCUGCCAGAGCCCGCUUGGGGGGGAGGGGGAGGGGGAGGGGGAGGGGGAGGGGGAGGGGGAGGGGGAGGGGGAGGGGGAGGGGGAGGGGGAGGGGGAGGGGGAGGGGGAGGGGGAGGGGGGGCAGCAUGGGUGGUGGCGUGUGCGUUCGCGCCGCACACGCGCGACCUGCUGUACGCGGUGCUGCCGCGGGACAUCGUGUGCUUCGACCUGCACUUCGGGUGCGCCGUGGCGUCCUCCUCCGUGCCGCGCAGCGUGGCGCGCCUCACGCGGCUGCUGCUGCCGCCGUCCAGCGACGUGCUCUACUGCCUCCAUGCUGACGGCAAACUCUCCAUGUGGCAGCGCCGCCCAGGCCGCCAGCUGUACAUGAUCCGCACAGUGGAGCCGCUGGUGCCCCUCCCCGGCAGUGCAGCGCCGUCCCCGGGCGUGCUGGCGGCGGUGCUGUGGCCGCAGCCGUUCCGCGAGGCACAGCUGGUGCUGCAGGCCGUGCCCGCCACCACCCCUCGCCCCAACGGCAGCCUGGGGGGAGGCGUGGCGGCGGGCGUGAGCGCACAUGGCGUCAGCAGCUGCCAGGUGGUGUGUGUCAGCGACGACAACAAGCUCUGGCACUGGCUCGCUAGCACUGCCCCCGUGCCGGGGGGCAAGGCGGGGGUGGGGGGAGCGGCGGAUGGCGAGAAAGGGGAUGGUGGGGAGGGUGGUGCGAGGGGCGGUCGGGGGAGUGGGGGGGGUGGAGGGGGCGGAGAGGCAGGUGGUGGCGAGGGGGCGAGUGCGAUGGGUGACGGCGUGGAGGUGGCCAUGAAGUUGGAGCUGCUGGGCAUGUUCCACGGCUUCUCCUCCGCGCCCACCACUCUCUCCGUGCCCGCUCCUUCCCUCUUCUCCUGCGUCCCAGGUCUGAGCACGGCGACUGGGUCACUGGCAGCAGCAGCGGUGCCGCUGGUGGCGGUGGCGACGCAGGAGGGCAGUGUGGAGCUGGUGGACACGGCGGUGCAUGCCAUCUCCGCGUCGUUCCUGCUGCACCCCUCCAUGGUGCGAGGCGUGCGCUGGCUCGGCAACACCCGCCUCGUCUCCUUCUCCUUCCAAGAGGCGAAGGCGGGGGGGUACGAGAACAGGGUGGUGGUCACGUGCAUCCGCAGCGGCCAGUCUCGCCCCUUCCGCCACCUGCACCAGCCCGACAAGUCGCCCAUGCGCGGCCUUCGCGCCUCGCCCUCCGGCAGGUACUUACUCAUCCUCUUCCGCGAUGCGCCGGCUGAAGUGUGGGCCAUGACUCGCACGCCUCAGAUGCUGCGCUCGCUGGCGCUGCCGUUCACGGUGAUGGAGUGGGCGCUGCCGCCCGUGCACAGCCCCACUGCGCUCGAUGCACACUCCGCCACGCAGCGCCACAUGCACGACGACGACUUCCCAGCGUCGCCCACGUCAGCGGCGCUGCUGGCAGCCACGCCGCGGUCGGCAUCAGACCCCAUCGAGUCGUUCGCCUUCGCGCUCGUCAGCGGCUCGCUGGGUGUCUUUGAGCUGCGCGGCAAGCGCGUGCGCGACUUCCGGCCCAAGUGGCCGUCGGCAUCGUUCGUGGCGGUGGACGUGCUGGUCACAGCCAUGGC